UCAAACACGGCCACUGUCCGUCGUAUACGGGUCUGCUAGAGUUGCUCUUAUUCCGGUCACCAUCGGAGCUGGCGACCGGUGGCAACCGCGCGGGGAGCUCUAGCCGUUCUCUCUCACAACUGUCGCUCGCCGGGACGCCGCGCGAUUUCCUACCCCCACCCCCAUUCCAGCGUACCACACCGACACCGUGUGAGAUCCGUGCUUCAUCGUUUGCAGGCUCAGUUGCUGCCUUGGUGGAAUAUCUUCAGGUCUGGUGCAAUGGCCUACGAGAUCAGUGAGAUCAAAAAAAUUGGCAUAGGUCUGGUGGGCUUUGGCAUCCUGUUCUCAUUCCUAGGUGUUAUCCUUUUCUUCGACAGGGGUUUGUUGGCUCUGGGUAAUAUUUUCUUCUUGACUGGAGUAGGCCUUCUUCUUGGUUGGCAAUCUAUGUGGCAGCUAUUUACAAAGAAGGCAAACAUUAAGGGAUCUGUACCUUUCUUCCUUGGUCUCUUUCUUCUAUUUGUCAGAUGGCCUGUUGCUGGUAUAAUCCUGGAACUGUAUGGAACUUUUGUCCUCUUCAGUGGUUAUGGGGCUCCUAUUCAAGCCUUCCUAUAUCAGAUUCCAAUAAUUGGAUGGAUUCUGCAAUACCCCUUUCAGUUUUCAUCUUAUUUCUGCAGCUGUUUGGUCUCAGGCGUAAGCGUGCUUGACAAUUUGUGGUGGCAGAAAUUCAUGAUAAUUCAUGGGGAAAUAGCAUAUUGGCUGAUGUUAAAUUGUCAGUAGAAAAUUCUUGUAGCCUUUAUCUUCUGUAACUAUGCUCUUUAACACUGUGUCUGCAUGCUAUGGGCUUUGUAACUUGGUUGUGAUGACUUCUAGUACCCUUCAAUCAACAUGCGGUAGAUGAUAGUUUAAUUUUUUAAGUUCAUACAUCAGCAUAGUUAUGCCAUCAAAUAUAUGACUGGAUUCUGGGUUU